AAAUUUUAGUUUCUUCAAAAAUUGAUUUUUGAGAUCUAUUUAUUUGAGAACUUGUUUGUUUCUUGUAGUUUCCAUUGCUAAGGUUUAUGGUUUAUUGUGUUCUAUGGAUUGUUCUGUACAGUUUGCUUAGUUUGUGGUUUCUUCUGGUCUUCUUUUUCCCCUUGGCACAGCACGUGUAUAUGGGAACAAAACCACAUGUAGAAAUCUAUGAAAGUGGUGCUCCUUUCUUGAUUAGCUAAAUCUAUUGUUGUAUGUGUUUUUUGGGGAUAUUGUAUUUUCUUCACAUUUUGCGUCUCUUUUCAUUAAAUGCGUUUUAACUUUUAGUGGUGAAAUACUAGAGGUGGGAUUUCCCCUUUUUGCUUGUAGGUGCUAGGACAAGAUUGUUGAUCUGUGUUUUGCUUGUGCUUUUUGUUUAUGAAAUAGUAGUCUUCAUUAUGUAUCUGUUUUAUUGCCUUUGAACUCCAUAUGAUAUGUAUACGAGGCAUAAAAAGUGCAUUUACCUGUGUUUGUUAGUUUAUGUAAGUGUCCUCAAUUUUGGAAUGAAAUGAAGUGUUGAAACUAAAAAGAGAAGAUCUUUUGGUUUUAUCUGUAAACUUGUGGUGUAAAUUCUUUCUCUAAUAUUUUUGAUUGUCAAUAUUUUACUUGCUUUUGAAUGAAAUGUUGCUUCCCCAUGUCAUUGCUUUUGAUUGAUGUUUCUUCUGUUAAGUGAGCCAUGGUUGAAGUACAAAAUCACUAUUUGACCUUUCAUAAAAACAGCUUCGUUGGAUUGGAUUUAUUGAUGUAUGCUCAAUCUGCUUUAUUGAGCAAUAGUGUCUUGCAUUGUACAACCUGGCCUAUAGCCAUCUAGGUCUUGUGAUAUGCUAUUUAUUUAGCUUUCUCGCAAAUGCUUUGUCACAAAUAUGUUCAUUUUCAAUAUUUUUAUAUACCCCUCUUUGGGUGCUCCCACCUCUUUGCUCCCUGUGACUCGAAUCCACAACCUUAGGGUUUGAGGUGGAUGGUGCUUACCACUUGAGCAACCACCUCUUUGUCCUGCUUUAGGUUUUGAUGUUAGAUGAUCUUGUUUUCGCCCCUUUCCAUCAUCAUGGAAGGGGAAACCUCGUGGGUCAGUCAUUGCCCUGAUUAUGUUGUACCAGACAUGGUUGAGUUUGAUUCAUUUUCAGAGCUUAACGAUGAAGAAAAUAGAGAAGCUUCCUCAGUUCCUGUGGAUUUGAUACUGCCUGAUGAUUUACUGGAACGAAUACUGGCCUAUCUUCCCAUUGCUAGCAUUUUUAGGGCAAGUUGUGUGUGUAAAAGAUGGUGUGAGAUAGUGAAUUCUAGAAGGUUCUUAUGGAACUUCUCUCAGGUGCUGUCUCAAAAACCGUGGUACUUUAUGUUCACAGGCUCAGAGGAGCCAGUUGGUUAUGCCUAUGAUCCUUCCCUUCGAAAAUGGUAUAGUAUUGACCUCCCUUGCAUUCAGACAUCCAAUUGCUUCAUUGCUUCUUCAUGUGGAUUAGUUUGCAUCAUGGACAAUGACAGUAGAAGCGAACUAUAUGUUUGUAACCCAAUAACCAAAUGCAGCAAGAACCUUCAGGAGCCUCCUGGUCUCAAGUUUUCUGAUUACAGUGCAUUGGCUAUCUGUGCAAACAUGAAAACUUCUUGUUACAGUGUCGCCAUUGUUAAAUCUAAGCAAGUACCUGGUAACUUCUAUCAGUGGGAUCUCUCAAUCCACAUAUACGAUUCUGGAACAAUGAAGUGGUUGACCCCUUUGACAGAGGUUCUAACAGGAUGGAGAGGUGGGGAUGAAAGUGUCAUCUGUGAUGGUGUUUUGUACUUCCUGAUCUAUGCAACUGGAGGUGGUGGUCUAGAAAGUCGUCACGGUCUGAUCACUUACAACCUCUCAAGCAGAUCAUCCCAUUGUUCGUUAAUAAAGACUUUCAUUCCCGUGCCAUGUUCUCUAACAUGUGGUCGAUUAAUGAACCUCAAGGAGAAGUUAGUAAUGGUGGGAGGGAUUGGGAAACCAGACCGUCCUGACAUAAUUAAGGGGAUUGGCAUAUGGGCACUUAAGGGGACAGAAUGGCAAGAAAUUGCCCGCAUGCCACACAAGUAUUUUCAAGGUUUUGGGGAAUUCGAUGAUGUUUUUGCCAGCAGUGGCACUGAUGAUCUCAUAUACAUUCAGAGUUAUGGAGCUCCUGCCCUUCUUGUUUUUGACGUGAACCAGAAACAGUGGAGGUGGUCACAGAAAUGUCCCGUGACAAAGAGGUUUCCCCUUCAGCUCUUUACUGGUUUCUGCUUCGAGCCAAGGCUUGAGAUGUCUCCCUGAGAUGUGAUUGGCACACCUUUGAGAAUCCUAUCAUCAUUUCCUUUCAUGUCUUUUUGAUUUUGUACUCCCUUUGUUGCUCUUUUCUUCCCUAGCUCCUCUCAAUGCAAAGAUUUCUGUGUUCUUGAAAGGUUUUAUACAUCAUGUACCAGCCAAUGAGGCUGCUAAUUUAUGAAAUGAGAAUAUUGUUAAAAAAUUUUUGGGUACUACUCA